AUGAAUUUUCUGCCUCAACAAUUUUUUGUGAACAAUUUCCCGGUGGUAACCAAAAAUUUUUUAAUUUCAUUUUUUUCUUCUCAAUUUCCUUUUAAAGAUUCAAUUUGUCAACAAUUUAUGCCCAACAAUAAAAAUAUUAAUAAUAAAAGGAGAAAACAAAAUUGCAAUUAUCAGGAUUUGUGGCUAAUACCUGGAAAGGCAGAUGCCUCUUGCAGUAAAAAUUGUGUAAAGAUUAGACCUUCAAUAAUUAAAUUUCCUGGCUGUUUUACUGUUGAAAUUAGAAAUAUACAUAUUGUGGAUAAUAAUGGUUAAGAAUUAAAAUUUAAAAAAUUUCAAAAAAUUAAUCCCUCUUCAGGGGACCCUUUUACCGCAUUUUGGGGCUUCUUCCUCUUUUUAACCUUCUCACUCCAUUUUCUC